GAUCUUGAGGAUUCCUUCAAGACUUUCGGCUUAUACCGAGACGAUGGCCUAGGAAUCAUAAACGCAACGCCUCGUCAAAUAGAGAAUACAAAGAAAGAUCUAUGUGCCAUCUUCAACAAACACGGUCUAAAAAUUACAAUCGAAGCCAACAAAAAAAUUGUGAACUUUCUGGUCAUAACGCUAAACCUGGAGAGUGGAAAAUACAUGCCCUACACGAAACCGAAUAAUACACCUCUAUACGUACAUAACAAAUCAAACCACCCACCCGGAAUCCUCAAGAACAUCCCAGAGAGCAUCAACAAACGCCUAUCUGAAAUAUCAUUCGAUGAAGAGUCAUUCAAUAAAGCAGCACCACUAUACCAACAGGCCCUCGACAAAAGUGGAUACAGUCAUCAGCUAAAGUUCUCCACAGCGCAACAAAUAAAGGACGCCGCCAAUACCAGGAAACAUCGUACCAGAAACAUAAUUUGGUAUAACCCGCCAUUUAGCAAGAAUGUCGCUACCAACAUCGGUAAAACGUUUCUAAAAACGCUAGAUGAUGAAUUCCCACCAAAUCAUACAUUGCACAAAAUAUUCAACCGCAAUACCAUAAAAAUUAGCUACAGUUGUAUGGGGAACCUCAAACAAAACAUCGACGGACACAAUAAAACAACCUUAUCACUAAAAACCGAGCAGCCUAAGACCAAAAGUUGCAACUGCAGAAUACCAAAUGAUUGCCCCAUGUCUGGCCGUUGCCUAAAUAAAAGUGUUGUCUACCAAGCCACAGUCGUAGCUAACAACAAAACAGACCAGACUUAUGCAGGACUCACAGAAAACGCGUUCAAAAUCCGGUACAACAACCACACUGCUUCAUUCAGAAACCCAGAGAAAUGCAACACCGAGUUAAGCAAAUAUAUAUGGGAAUUAAAAGACAAUAACAUAGACUACACUAUUAAAUGGAAAAGCAAGCCAAGGCAUUCAACCCAUCAUCUAAAAGAUGCAACUUGUGCUUAUGGGAAAA